AUGGCCUCUCCUCAAGCCCUCAACAAGAUCGCGCCCAACAGCCCUUCGCGGGCCAAGCCGUCCGAGAUCGAGCAGAAUGUCGCGACCGCCCUCUACGAGCUUGAGACCAACAUCCCCGAUAUGAAGAGCGCUCUGCGUCCUCUUCAGUUCGUGUCCGCACGCGAGAUCGAGGUCGGCAGCGGCAGGAAGGCCAUUGUCAUCUUCGUGCCGGUUCCACUGCUUGUCGGAUGGCACCGCUCGCAGCAGCGCCUCACCCGCGAGCUUGAGAAGAAGUUCUCCGACCGCCACGUCCUCUUCAUCGCCUCCCGCCGCAUCCUGCCCCGCCCCAAGCGCAGCAACCGCAGCCGCACGUCCCAGACCCAAAAGCGCCCGCGCUCCCGCACGCUCACCGCCGUCCACGACGCCAUCCUCGCCGACCUUGUCUACCCCGUCGAGAUCGUCGGCAAGCGCGUGCGCACCCGCGAUGACGGCAGCCGCCUCCUCAAGGUCGUGCUCGACGAGAAGGAGCGCGGUGGUGUGGACUACAGGCUCGACACGUACCAGGAGGUGUACAAGCGGUUGACGGGCAAGGGUGUCGUCUUCGAGUUCCCGCAGAGCACGCAGACCGACUAUUAG